CGAUCGACCAGCGACCGACAAGUCGUUAAUUUUUACGAUCAAUAAAUGGUAGUCGUACUGAGUGCGUUAAAAUCCGUAACUACUUGAAUAAGUGAGGAACUUUGUGCCGAGUAUGCGCGAGUUACCGAGUAAAGGAAACGUUAGAGGAGAGGAAAGUUUUUAGAUCGCUGAUUAACCGGUUUGUCCUUACCUCCUCUUCUCUUAUUUCUUUUGCACAAAGUUUGGUGGGACCGGGAAACCGAUGAUUCUACAUGAAUAAGUAGAGAAAGUGUAGAACAAAAUUUGCUCGCGUGAGGCUUCGUUUUCGAGAAAAUUGGUCUGCAAACGGAGGAAAAUAAUGUUGCUGUUGUAGCGAAAUUAUCGUUGAUUCGUACUGCAUGCUCGACUUCGCGACUGCAAUAAAACAUUUGCACACACAUAAUAUCAUCUAUUUCGAGACACCUUACAAAAUUGAUUCGCGAGUGUCGUCAUAGUAUAAAAUAGUUUCUCCAGUGUUCUCGAAGUGUUCUUGAAUUUAUUUAUAAUAUUUAUUUAUUUAAUUUAAUUCGAAGAUUCUUUAAAAGCCAUUUUUAUCGCGUGGAUCCCGCUAUGAGUAAACUCGAUUAUUCAAAAUAGCUUUAUCGAUAUGAGUAUAAUCAGUAUAUAAACAUACAUCCGAAAUAUAUCGUCUGACAGUUCGGUCAGAAUUCGCCUGCGUCAGGAAAUGCAGUCGGCCGUUUCACAAUUAACAGGAAUGAAACCGCGUAAUUAUCAAUGGCCUUGUAUUACCACGAAACCACAUAGCCGCAAGAAACGAUGUUAUCUCACGUCGCGACGAACGUUGCAUCGGGCGAUUCGCCAGGAUAGAAAGUUUUCGUACCGGCGACAGUUUCCUGCCGGCGCGCAAUUUCAUGGAGGUGAUAUCGGAAAUCGAGAACUCCCAGGUCUUCAAGAUCCUGCGCGAGCUACCCAAAGGCGGCAUCCUUCACUGUCACGACACAGCCAUGGUUUCCCACGAAUACAAGCUCCACAAUCUCACUUAUCGCGACAACCUGUACAUUUGCGACGUAAACGGCACACUGAGCGUCAAGUUCUUCGACACUCCCGACAGGAAGUGCGACUGGCAAUUGCUGAGCGACGUGCGACAGAACCCGGCGCGGGCUGACGCCAUCAAUAAGAGAAUCGCAAAGGAGAUGACGAUGAUCACGAAGAAUCCACGAAUAGUCUACGACACCGUCGACAAGGCGUGGAAGAAAUUCGUCAGCAUAUUCAGCUUCAUCACCCCCAUGCUCGUCUACAGACCCGUCUACGAGGACCAGUUCUACCAAGCGCUCCAGGAGUUUUACGACGACAACGUCAUGUAUGUGGAGCUGCGAUCGACGUUGCCCAAAUUGUACGAUCUCGAUGGCAAGACGUAUGGGCCCCUGGAAGUCACGAAGAUCCAUAAGGAUGUCGCUGAAAGGUUUACGAACGACCAUCCCGACUUCAUCGGUGUUAAGCUCAUAUACGCUCCGUCGCGAGCCGUUGACGCCGGACAAUUGGAUAAUUAUCUGGAAAUAAUGGCGCAGCUGAGGAAAGAUUAUCCGGACUUCGUGGCUGGUUUCGACUUGGUUGGCCAGGAGGACAAAGGGCAGCCCCUCACUACGUUCGCGGACAAACUGAACUCCGCCGAUCCGCAGAUUCAAUUCUUCUUCCACGCCGGGGAGACCAACUGGAACGGGUUGUCCACCGACAUGAAUAUCCUCGACGCUUUCCUGCUCAAUACUAAACGUAUCGGUCACGGAUACGCGUUGACGAAGCAUCCACUCUUGUGGGACUUUGUGAAACAGCUAGAAAUCGCCGUAGAGAUCUGUCCGAUCUCGAACCAGGUCCUCGGUCUCGUGGACGACAUGAGGAAUCAUCCGGCGGCCAGCUUGUUCGCGUCGGGGUCACCUGUGGUGAUCUCCAACGACGAUCCCGCGCUCUGGGGCGCGAAAGGACUGAGCUACGACUUUUACGAGGCCUUUAUGGGCAUCAUGAGCGCAAGCUCGGAUCUCAGAAGUCUCAAGAAACUGGCGCUGAACUCACUGACCUACAGCAGCAUGAACAGCUCGGAGAGGCAGGACGCGAUGACUCGAUGGAAUGUCAAAUGGGACGCCUUCGUGGCGAAACUGGCCGAAUCGUCCAGUUAAAGAUUGUCAGUCAGUUAGGAAAAAACGACAAAUCGCGAACUAUAGAAUGUAUUUUUACCUUCUUAGUUUUAUUAUUGGUAAUGCGUAAUCGAUAAUAUAUAAAUAUAUUUUCAGAAUGUGUGUGCCAUAUAUAUGUACUCUAAUCAUAGGUGUAGCCAAGGUGGAGGGGAAGGAGGGAUAGGGGCGCUUACCCAUAUACACCUAAAUUUUGGCAAAUAUUCGUGCAUCACGAUUACUGCUUUGGAAUAUCCUUGCCGGUUCACAGAAUAAUCAGCAGUCAUGGUGCAUGAAUAUUCCGAAAUGAUGACGUCUAAUUCGAAAUUUCAAUGGGACAGCAAUGCAUCGUACACGGAAAAAUGGUGCUCGCGUAAAGAAAAAAAAUUGGAAGAAUAGAUAUUUAGGAAAGUUUAUUGAAGAUCUCUGCGAAGACUGGCUUUAAUAUAAGUAUGCUAAUAAGUUUUGCGUGAAAAUAAAUAUUUAUCCUCCCUCCCUGAUCGACGUCAUCUUGGUCUUACGCUCAUGAUUCUAAUAAUCAUCUCUGAUAAUUUAUCAAAACAUUCAUUAGAUGUCGAGAAUAUUUCUGGUUACUUGAUACCGGAUAUGAUCAUACAAGAAUAUUUUGUACAGUAGGAAUAUUUUAUCUUUUGGGUGUUACCCGGAUACCCUGUAGUUAUACUGUUAUUUUAGACGUUAUUUUUUAUUGAUUUCUCUAACGAUAACAGAUAACAAGUGGGUUAUAUAAACUCGUAAUUUAUCAUUCACUUGUUAUAUUAUUUUCUGAUUGCCGCGAUAAUAUCCAUGAAUAUGAAUGUCCGGUUACCGGACACGAUCAGGCAAGAAUAUUUUAUUACGUCGCAUUGUUACUCGUGUGAUCGAUCUCCGUGACGUACUUAGAAUGUAGAAAAUUGUUAUCAGAUAAAACUGCUAACGCAUUAUGUACUUCUCGAUUUUACGCUCUUGCGUUCGCAUCCGUUCCCAUAAAGGUGUGAUACCUUUGGACGGUGUAUUAUUCGUAGAAUUAAUAGAAUCGUCUAAACAUAAAUCUCUACUACCUCAUCUCACGUUCAUUAACGACUCAUUAUCGCAUGGACAUCUUUUUCCUCGCACAUGUCCAGUAAAUUGCGCUCAGAGAGGAAACCUGUUAUUGUGGCGGCAGAUUCUUCGCGAGGAUAUUACACGGAUAUGCUAUAAUUAGAUGUAAGAAUUAUUCGAAAUAAAUUAUAUUUCUUUUUUACUACUACGCA